CUUAACCGGAAGUAAAAGUGCGCAUGCCUUGUUCGUCGAGACCACGCUUUGCCGGGAGAAAAUUGGGUUUGAGUCCGAAAGAAAUUUAUCUACAACAACAGACAAUACAGGACAGACAACAUGGCUGCUCUUCCUAUGAACCCGAAACCUUUCCUGAAUGGUUUGACAGGCAAGCCAGUUAUGGUGAAACUCAAGUGGGGAAUGGAGUACAAGGGCUAUCUGGUGUCUGUGGAUGGCUACAUGAACCUUCAGUUGGCCAACACAGAAGAAUACAUUGAUGGUGCAUUGGCUGGCAACUUGGGGGAGGUUCUCAUCAGAUGUAACAACGUGUUGUACAUCCGGGGCGUGGAAGAGGAAGAGGAGGAGGGGGAGAUGAAGGACGUAUAAACAAGGAAUUUUUAAAUGGACAUGAAAUGUACCCGAACACUGUGCCCGGUCUGAAACAUUGUACACAUCAAGAUGUUGGACUGAUUGACCCAGCCACCAAGCAUUCCUGCAGGGUCCUGUUAUCUCACAUUGUGUUGUAUUCCACAUCUCUUCAUGGAAUGCUUUGUACAAGGACUGUGUGGACACUUCCUGUCAUCCAUCAUUGACUUGUUUCAUACAUACUGUUAUUAAACCGAUGUGAAUCAGGCCAAAAUAAAUUAAUUAUUACCUGAGAUUUUCAUCUUCUACAGUCUCAUUACCAAACAUCCUGCCUCACAUAAUUAUUUGAAAAGUGCAGGGAAAGAAAAUUGCAAUGUGUGAUCCUUUCUUUUUUUGUUUGAUGACAUAGACCAUAUACUUAGUCCUGUCAAACAUUUGUUUCAUGUGAAGCAUAUGCAUCAACAGUUAAUGUACACAGAUGCUUUGGACAUUUAAAAAGCAUAUAUACUACUCAAUAGUUAAAGAACACCCACAAUUGGAAGACAGAAGAACUAUAGUCAUAUGAAAGAAUUGGGUGCAACAUUUUAUGAAAAUCUAAUAAUAAAUUUAUUUUGGCCUCAAGGAUGUUGUCAGACACUCCCCUGGUUUGGAAUUCAGCCUGAAAGUCAAGGGGUCCUUGUCAUAACCCUAAUGUUCAAUAUUUGAGGGUUUCCUAGAUUAAAAUAAUAUCAGCUGAUCACAGCCGCAAACCUCGCAUACCCCUGUUGAUGUUGAACACGACCUCGUCGGGGCAUGCUUCAAGCUGGGGUUCCUCGUGUUGGUGGGACACCAAGGGAGAAUUGUAGUCGUAAAGGUUUCGCUACACUGCCCCCUGAUUCAGGGUCUUUGUUUUUUCAGGUAUUUCAAAUACAAUGUAUAAUGUAUCGUGUGUUUCAUGAUGCUGAAAUGAGAUGUGUAUCUUGAACGUCUAGUUUUUUUUAUGAAAGAUAAAGAUUUCGAUUAAG